AUGGAAACCAAAGUGACAGCAAAUCAGAUGGAAAAUAAACGGAUACAACUUGGAAUGAAGGGGGUAGUUAAAGUGGCGAGAAUGGGUUUGGGGGGAGGUUUGGCUUUGUUUUGGCGGAGCGGAUGGGAUUUGAGGCUGCUAUCUUAUUCCGUGGGUCACAUUCAUGUUUUGAUCACUGGGUCGAAUGAUUCACAGUUUUAUCUUACUGGGUUUUAUGGGCAUCCUGAGACCCAACAACGAAACCACUCUUGGGAGCUAUUACGCAGAUUGUUGCAUACGGUUCAAGGAGCAUGGGUGGUAGUCGGAGAUUUUAAUGAGAUUAUGUUUUCAAAAGACAAAAUAGGGGGACGAGAACGACCACAAAGCCAGAUGAAUAAUUUUAAGAUGGCACGUAGUUAUCCGGAUGGUAGUAUGGUGGAAGAACGUUUGGAUAGAUGUGUAUCAAAUGGAGUCUUCUUCGAUCGUUACUCACAUCUGACGACCAACCAUUUAGUGGCAGUGGGUUCCGAUCACUAUUCGAUCCAAGUGGAGGCUUGCGUUGAUGAUCCAGAAGCAAGUGCAAAACGGACUAGACGGUUUCAUUUUGAAGAAAUUUGGACAAAGGAGCCAGACUUUGACAAGGUGAUUGAAGAGGCUUGGAAGGUUACCGACAGAGUGAAAGGUGUUCGAAACAGUUUAUCAAUGUGUGCAAAGGAACUCAAAACUUGGAACUAUGUCCAUUUUGGCAAUGUUCGCAAUCAAUUAAAAUAUGCUUAUAAGGAGUUAGCAGCCCUUCAAGGAAGACUGACAACUGAUCAAUCUGCGUUAAAGGCUAAAGUUGAGAAAACCAUUUCAGAGCUUUUAGAAAAACAAAAAAUUAUGUGGAGACAACGAUCCAGAGUAGCGUGGCUCAAGGAGGGAGACAAAAAUACUCAUUUUUUCCAUGGGAGGGCAAGUUCCAGAUCUAAACGUAAUAGGGUGUGUGGAAUAUUUCAUGAAAAUCAGGUUUGGCAGACUGACGUGCAAAGGAUAGGGGACCUGUUCUGUGACUAUUUCAAGACUUUAUUUUCUUCCUCCGGUAGCCAGCGAAUGGAGCGGAUUCUAAACGAGGUAAGGCCUGUAAUAACAAGUGCUACGAACGACCGGCUGUUGCAAGUUUUUACGCGGGAAGAGCUGGACCAUACUUUAUUUCAGAUGUUCCCAACGAAAGCGCAUGGGCAUAACGGUAUGCCAGCUUUAUUUUUCCAAAAGUAUUGGCAUAUAGUUGGCAAUAAGGUGGUCGACAAGUGUUUGCAGAUUCUAAACGGGGAAGAAAGUGGUCGGGAGUUUAACCAUACUCUUAUAGCUCUCAUCCCAAAGAUCAAGAUGACAACCACUAUUUCAAAAUUCCAACUGAUAAGCUUGUGUACGACCGUCUACAAAAUGAUAGCGAAAACAAUUGCAAAUCGAUUGAAGGCUAUUCUUCCUCACGUUAUUACUGAAAAUCAAAGCGUCUUUGUACCGAACCGAAUGAUUCUGGAUAAUGUGAUGGCUGCCUUCGAAAUAAUGCAUACUAUUAAGGGAGUGAAGAAGGGGCGCGAUGUCAAAAUGGCUCUCAAAUUGGACAUGGCCAAAGCAUAUGAUAGAGUGGAGUGGUUUUUUUUUAGAGAAAUGAUGCUCAAACUGGGUUUUUCAUCCACAUGGGUUGCAAAAGUUAUGGAUUGCAUCUCCACUCCAACCUUUUUGUGCUUUGGAAGGGCUCUCCUCUUGGGCAUAUUAAGCCACAGCGUGGGUUACGGCAAGGAUGUCCUUUUUCUCCAUAUUUGUUUCUUAUGUGUACUGAGGGGUUCUCGUGUCUAUUGCGUGGUGCAGAAAGGAGGGGCCACGAAAGAUGUUUGUAUGGCUUUGGAAACUUUGUUCCAAAUCUACGAAGAGGUCUCAGGGCAACAAAUCAACUACUCUAAGUCUGCGUUCUCUUUAAGUCCGAAUGCCACAAGAGCAGAUUUCGAUAUUGCAGGUGCUUUGAACGUUCCUGUUGUGCAGUGCCAUGAGAAAUAUUUAGGUUUGCCCACUAUCGCGGGAAAGGGAAGGAAACAACUCUUCCAACAUUUAAAAGACAAACUUUGGAAGCAUAUAAGUGGGUGGAAGGAAAAGCUCUUAUCUAGAGCGGGGAAAGAGAUUUUAAUUAAAGCCGUGUCACAAGCAAUCCCCACCUAUUCGAUGAGUUGUUUUCGGAUUCCAAAAGGAUUGUGUAAGGAGCUAAAUGGAAUCAUGGCUCAAUUUUGGUGGGCAAGGGUGAAGGACAAGAGGGGUAUUGACUGGGUGAAGUGGGAGAUGUUAUGUAAGAGUAAGUUUGCAGGAGGGUUGGGGUUUCGUGACCUUGAGGCUUUCAAUCAGGCUUUGCUUACAAAGCAAUGCCAGUGCAUUAUCCAAACUCCAGAGUCGCUGGUAGCAAGGAUUUUUAGAGCUAGAUACCAUCCAUCAGCACCAUUCUUAGAAGCUGGAGUGGGAACCAACCCAUCUUUCAUUUGGAGGUCUUUGCAAUGGGGGAAGGAGUUGCUUAACAAGGGAUUGCGUUGGAGAGUUGGCAAUGGAGAGUCCAUCCAGGUUUAUACUAACAAAUGGCUUCCAGUCCCUUCUUUUUUCAAAAUCAUGUCUGCUCCACAGUUGCCACUCUCAACACUGGUUUGUGAUUUAUUCACCUCUUCAGGCCAAUGGAAUGUGCCAUUACUUAAGGAUAUUUUUUGGGACCAAGAGGUGGAAGCAAUAUUGCAAAUUCCAUUAGUUUCCUUGGCAAGUCACGAUUGUUUAAUUUGGCAUUAUGAAAGAAACGGCAUGUAUUCGGUUAAAAGUGGAUAUCAGUUGACACGUUUGGAGAAGGAUAUAAUGUGUGGAGAGUCAUCUGCUGGUGUCAACUUGAGUUCAAGGUUUUGGAAGAAAAUUUGGGCUCUUAAAAUCCCAAAUAAGAUUAAGUUCUUUCUAUGGAGGAGGUGUGGCGCAACUCAGCUUGGGGGGAACGUCUGUGAGGUGUCGAGGGUCAAUUCUUUUAGAGAGCUAUGGUAUGCAGUACAGAUAUCCUCAGGUGGGGAAGAACAAGGGUUGUUUGCAUAUCUGCGCUGGGGCCUUUGGAAUUGGAGGGACAGCUUGAUUUUUGAAGCGAAAUCAGAAACUGCAACACAGUUGUUGCAUCGAAUGCAUACACUUGCACAAGAAUUCUUUGACGUAAACAAUAGCUCUCACACAAGUCAUGGUCGUCAGUCUAGCCCUCAAGCUUCUUUGCAUGUUUGGAGGCCUCCAGCAGUAGGUAUUUACAAAAUAAAUGUAGAUAGGGCACUCAAAUCUGGAGACUCCAUCCGUGGGGUUGGGGUGGUUGUCAGAAAUGAGAACGGGGACUUUAUGGCCGCAUGUGUUAGGAGAAUCCAAGCCAGUUACGGGGCUAGGCAAAUGGAGCUUAUGGCUACUAUAGAGGGACUGCGGUUUGCUAUUGAUAUGGGAUUUACUGAUGCUGUUCUAGAAAUGGAUGCACAAGAUUGCAUUCAUAGUAUUCUUUCAACAGAGUGCAAUGGAGUAGAUGGUCUACUGAUUGAGGAGGUGAAAUCUCUACUUAAUAAUUUUAGAGCAGUUGGAUGUCAAUGGACUCCAAGAUGCAGUAAUAAAGUGGCACAUGAUUUGGCUUAG